AUGGCCUCGAUCUCUCCGACAUCAGGAGGUCAGUACCAUUGGGUGUCUGAAUUCGCACCUGCACGAACGCAGAAAUUUCUGAGUUACACAGUUGUACUUGGCUGGCAAGUGGGCCUGACCUCUCUGGCAUUCCUUGCUGGAACUAUGAUACAGGGUCUGCUCGUCCUCACCAACCCACAGUACCCGAUUGAGCGGUGGCAUGGUACCCUACUUGUCAUUGCCAUAACGGCAUUCUGCAUAAUAUUCAACACAGUACUAGCGAAAAGACUCCCAAUGGUCGAAGGCAUGGUCCUCUGCGUCCAUGUUCUGGGAUUUGCUGGCGUUCUGAUACCACUCUGGGUCUUGGCACCACUCAACAGCCCAACCCAAGUCUUUACGGAAUUCUUGAACCUCGGUGGAUGGGACACAAAAGGCUUGAGCUUCUUCGUUGGUCUUCUCGCCCCAGUCUACACACUUAUCGGAGCUGAUUCGGCAGUGCACAUGUCCGAGGAGAUCAAAAAUGCGUCCUUAGUACUCCCCAAGGCGAUAAUGUGGGCAGCAGGUGUGAAUGGCAGCAUGGGCUUCGUCAUGAUCAUUACAUUCUGUUUCACUAUGGGUAGCGUUGAGGAAAUCAUAUACUCCCCAACCGGGUUUCCUUUUAUACAGGUCUUUUAUGAUGUGACUCAGAGCUACUCCGGCACUUCCAUCAUGACGGCACUCCUUGUUGUCAAUAUCACCUCCGCAUGUAUCUCCACCGUCGCUACGGUGUCUCGUCAAACUUGGGCUUUUGCACGAGAUAACGGCCUUCCCUUCUCUAAUUUCAUUGCCUACGUCAAACCCGGCUGGAAUAUACCUCUCAAUGCCGUCCUGACUACCUUUGUGAUCACAGCAAUACUCUCGCUGAUCAACAUUGGCUCCACAGUCGCAUUCAACGCCAUCGGGUCACUUUCCGUCAGUGCAUUAUUAGGCACUUACAUCAUCUCAUUCACCUGUCUGGUGAUUCGUCGGUUCGAGGGGCCACUCCCGCAUCGCCGGUGGUCCCUUGGCUCUUUUGGGCUAUUCAUCAACAUUGGUGCGAUUUUGUUCCUGCUUGUGGUCUGGUUCUUCGUUUUCUUCCCGAUGUCCCCCCAUGUUACACCUGAAACGAUGAACUGGAACUCGGUCAUAUUUUGUGGAACCAUGGCUUUUGCCAUGCUGUACUACUUCCUACACGGACGCAAACAUUACACGUCGCCUAGGAACUUGAUAAAAAGAAACGGUGAAUAG